AUGCCGCAUCGAACUACUUACAUUUUCCCGAGGCAAUUUCCAGACAGCAACUUUGACUCCUCAAAGUUUGUCUCGGAUCACGAGAAGAAAAGCGAACGAAAGUUUGAGGCUUGUGGUCACGAAGAGGUCGCUCUCAACCUCACAGGAAAAGAAAUUAAUAGAGACUCGGAGUCUAAACAUAAUUGUAAAGAUAACAGUAGUAGUGACAUUUCUCAUAGAUUCACGGGCGACAGGAUUCACAAAAAGCAGUUGGCUCCCUUUGUGAACUGGCUGACCAAGAAGAAAAAGAAAGACGAAUCAUUCAAUCGACUGAAUCCCGAGAAGAUCAGAUCAGAUGAUGGGAACAUCAUUGAAGAGGAAGAGCGUGAGCCAUUUCUACCAUCACCACCGUCUGCUUUGGUGGUUCCCAGUGCGGUGGUUGAUUGUGAAUGCCAGGUGGGUAAAGAGAGACGCUUGGAAUUGGAACGGAAGGUGUCGCUGCAGCAGUUGUCUAGUAAUGGGAGCAAUUAUAGCAUUGGUGCUGAUCAUCAAGGGAAGAAGAGGGGAUUUGAGAGGCAGCUGUCACUGCAGAGAUUUUCUAGUGGUGGGAGCACGAGUUAUGCUGGUAGUUUGUUUUCGGGAACCACUUUGGAUGGGAAUUGGUCGAGUAUUACUACUGGGAUACUUAAGGAUCCAACUACAACAAACGAUGUGGAGGAGGUAAGAGGAGUUGAAAACGUUGGCAAUGGAUUGGCACAAAGGUUUAAAGAGGGCUAUUACUUGCAGCUCGGUCUUGCUAGAAGGCUUACUGGGCAGGCUACACUUGUUGCUGAGCCUAUGCUAAUGCAGGAGUCUAGAAGUGCUGAGCAUCUUGUUGGUGGAUCUGCUGAUGCAGAAAUUGCCUCCUACCGACUCUGGGUCAGUGGUUGUUUGUCUUACACUGACAAGAUAUCAGAUGGGUUCUAUAACAUUUUGGGAAUGGAUCCAUAUAUGUGGUUGAUGUGCAAUGAGUUGGACGAAGGUAGAAGAAUGCCACCUCUAAUGGCAUUGAGAACACUUGAACCUAAUGACACCUCUAUGGAGGUGGUUCUUGUUGAUCGUAGAGGGGAUUCACAACUCAGGGAGCUUCAGGACAAAGCUCAAGAGCUAUAUUAUUCUGCCGAAAAUACAUUAGUUUUGGUAGAGAAACUUGGCAAACUUGUCGCUGUCAACAUGGGGGGCUCUUUUCCGAUGGAGCAAGGUGACCUAAAUGUUGGAUGGAAAUUGGUUAGCCAGAGAUUAAAGGAUUUCCAAAAAUGCAUUGUGCUCCCUAUUGGUAGCCUUUCCAUGGGACUUUGCCGGCACCGCGCUAUUUUGUUCAAGGUCAUGUGGACGCUUUCCCUGACACUUUUGUUUGUUGACACUCUGCUCGAGGUAGUUUAUAGGACUCAGGAUAGCCAUAUUAACGUGGGACUCCUUUUUAUCCAGAAAUUGGCGGACUAUGUUGGUUUGCCUUGCCGGAUUGCUCGAGGUUGCAAGUAUUGUGUUUCAGAUCAUCGAUCUUCAUGUCUUGUCAAAAUUGACGAUGAACGAAAGCUUCCAAGGGAAUUUGUAGUUGAUCUAGUUGGGGAACCAGGAAAUGUCCACGGUCCAGAUUCCUCAAUCAAUGGAGGUGUAUUUUCAUCAGUGCCUUCACCAUUUCAGAUAUCACAUCUCAAAGCAUUUCAGCAAUCUGAGCUGUCUAAUGAAGUAGAUCUUCAACUACUGAACUCAAAGUAUACUUGUGGUGCUGAAAAUCCUCUUUUUUCAGGCAGGGGAAAAGAAAUCUAUCAAGUGAAGGAUAUUGGCUUGCCAGGAAAUUUAAAAGAUGAUUUGUGCAGACAAGAUGUUCUUGGUGUUGCUUCCACUGGGAUAUCUGGAGAUGAUUGUUCUAGACCAGGUGGUGACAAAAUAAUUAUCAAACAGACAUAUAAUGAGGACAUUGUUGUAUCUUCAAACGCAAUAGUGUCUCUCUCUAACAGACAACCUCCUCGAAUUACCUGCUCUAAUGAACAAGAUUGUAUGAAUGUUAAGAAUAGACCUCCAAAUCAUGAGAAGCACCCAGCUACAGUCAUUCCAAGAUACUUGAAUCUUGAGCCUUCUCUUGCAAUGGAUUGGCUUGAGAUCUCAUGGGAUGAAUUGCACAUUAAGGAGCGUGUUGGUGCUGGUUCAUUUGGGACAGUGCAUCGAGCUGAAUGGCAUGGAUCCGAUGUUGCAGUUAAGGUUCUUACUAUCCAGGAUUUUCAUGAUGAUCAGUUUAAAGAGUUCCUUAGAGAGGUUGCUAUUAUGAAACGCGUUCGACAUCCAAAUCUAGUUCUCUUCAUGGGUGCUGUUACAAAACGUCCACAUCUAUCUAUAGUGACAGAGUAUCUUCCAAGAGGUAGCCUAUACAGACUAAUACACAGGCCAGCUGCCGGGGAGAUCUUAGAUCCAAGGCGGAGGUUACGAAUGGCUCUCGAUGUGGCUAAGGGUAUCAAUUAUCUUCAUCGUCUUACUCCACCUAUUGUUCACUGGGACCUCAAAUCUCCAAAUCUGUUGGUUGAUAAAAAUUGGACUGUAAAGGUCUGUGAUUUUGGUUUGUCAAGGUUCAAAGCAAACACAUUCAUUUCAUCGAAGUCUGUUGCUGGAACGCCAGAGUGGAUGGCACCUGAAUUUCUUCGUGGAGAGCCCUCUGACGAGAAGUCUGAUGUGUACAGUUUUGGGGUGAUUAUAUGGGAGCUUGUGACCAUGCAACAGCCUUGGAGUGGACUUAGCCCUGCCCAGGUGGUUGGAGCAGUUGCCUUUCAGAAUCGAAGGCUUGCAAUCCCUUUGAACACGUCUCCAAUACUGAUAUCUUUGAUGGAGUCUUGCUGGGCUGAUGAUCCUGCACAACGCCCGACUUUUGCUACUAUAAUGGAGACAUUAAAGAAGUUGCUCAAGUCCCCAUUUCAAUUAAUACAAACUGGCAGGCCAUGA